AUGCGGAUAAUACCUGCGAUAAAUACCAACAAUCUCUAUACUUCUUGUCGGAGGCCUUCCAUCCGCAUUGUGGACCGUGCUCUAUAUCCGCUUGGACUUAUUUUCAAUCGAUCCCUCCUCCUCCCCCCACGGCCUACUCAACUUCAAGCUGUGAACAUAACGGGCUUUCCACCACCGCCGCCUCCUCCAGGUCCACCACCGGUGCAGCAGGGAUAUGCUCAGCCAUGGCAACAGCCAGCAUACGGUCGCCAGGUGCUGACUUCUGGCUACACAUUGUCACCUCCAGCAGCAUACGCCCAACAUGCUCCAUACAAGCCCGCUAGUUUCACUGGUGUAGACCCAGCUUACACGUCGGCUACAUACGUCCCAGGCGAGCCUCCGCUCACCUCGGCGACCUAUGUUCCGGGGAAUGAUACUCUUGGCGGCGGAUUUCCUCCACUGUAUGAGCAUUCUCAUGGGCGGACUAACUACGACCCGUAUGCACAACAGCGUCAGACAGGAGCCCCGGUGUACAUGGAUACAGCCUACAAUCCGCAGACUCCAGCGGUUAGACCUGUACAACAGCCACAACAACCAUUCGCCAUACACAAUAAUUACCAUGAACUGUCGAAUGAACAUGUGAACCCUCAGCCGCAGGUGCCUACUCAAGCAGCCGAACUCACCAAGUCACCCAGUCAUCGCCAUAAUACCAGUGGUGCGUCACUAGGUGGACUCUCACCAAGUGAGGCUGCGGCGCAAUGGCCUCUGGACAAAGUUCUACUUUGGUUGGCUAAAAAUCACUUCUCCAAGGAUUGGCAAGAUACGUUUAGAGCACUUGAGCUUCAAGGCGCAGAAUUUCUUGAGCUAGGUCUCGCUUGGGGCGGACGUGGAAAUAUUGGAAAAAUCCAUCAAGUUGUUUAUCCUCAACUAGCUAAGGAGUGUGUCCGUAAUGGUACUGGAUGGGAUUCCGAACGUGAGCGCAUUGAACGUAACGAAGGUCUGCGCAUCCGGAGACUCAUUCGUCAUCUUCAUGAUGGAACAUCGGAUUCGUCUAUAUCUACGCCCUUGCGCCAGGAUCCACCACCAUUUUUUGAUACAUCGAACCCUUACCCGCGUGAGCCUCGCUCGGCCAUUGAAGGGACAAAUGACCUUACUGCAGAGCAGUUGGCUGCCACGCAAACCUCCUCCGCGGGUCAAAAGCAAAACACAGGAACACGAUCCUUCACCACCCCAAAUCCCACGGGUCAUGGCUCUCCUUAUGAAUCUCCGUUGCGGGAGAAUGCGUCUGGACGAUCGGAGUUUUCACGGAACGCUUUGAGCUCAGCCCUGAAUGACCAUCGGCGCCAAAGCCCGUCUAUCUCCAACGACGCAGGUACGUUUUCAGGCUCGACUCUUCGACCUGAGAAUAGUCCCAAAAGCGGCAGUCCUGCAGCACAGUUUGCCUCUCCGUAUAACGGACAUGGACAGGCAUCAUCAUCCACUGGAGACUUGCCACUCAGGCAGGAUCAUUCUCGUGGAAACAGCACAGAUUCAAUUCCUGGCGUUGGUCGUGGCCCUUCCUCUGCUAUUGGUGGCCGGUACUACGAGAAUCGUAAACCAGGUGAAGGUGCGCGCCCAUCGCCCCAGGGAGACCAUCCGCAUGGCUAUUCAAAGGAACACGGCAAAGGAUUCUUUGAUAGGUUUGAUCGUCUCAGAAAGAAGACAAGAGGUACCGACUCCAGUCAUCCAUCGCCUAGAGAGUCGGAUCUGGAACCUCCAAGCCCAGGCGAACAUCAUUAUGUCCCGUAUUCGAUGCCGGGUUUUAGCACGAGUGAUUUGUCUGUGAACGAGCGGCCGUUGUCGUCAACGCCAACGAAGACAAAACGAUGGAUCAUGGUCACUGUAGAUGGUGAGAACUAUCGCUUGCUCGAUAUUACGGACAUGGAAUCGUCGAGUAGCCUACGAACCGGCAUAUGCAAAAGGUUGAGCAUUACGGAUUGGGGCAGUGCUCAAAUCUUCAUCACUGAACCAGGCCAAAGCGACCAUCAUGAGCCCAUGAACGAUGAAUCUUUGCUACGCUUCCGCCGAGGCAAAUCAGAUUCCAACGGCGCCAUUAAACUAUUAUAUGUCAAGGGAUCUCAGAUGGCUCGCUUAUCCGCAGUUGAGGGUCUUGGGGUUUCCAUAAACACAACUCCACAUGAAAAGCCAGCUUUGUCACCUACGACCGCUCACACACCGAUCACUAGAAAGCCCCUAGCAGACGAUGCCAGAGUCUCACCACAAACUCAACUUACGCCCAGCUCGCCUUUCUCGAGUUCUCGACAGCCUACAUUGAAGGCCUCGAGUACCCCUGGUGGAACUUCAGCGGAUCCUCUCAAGGAUGAUCUAUCUGCUCGGCAUGAGGCCUAUAGACGUGAGGUUGAACGGAAACAGGAAGAGAACCACAUUUCACGGCACCCACCGUCUCCUCAAUUACCACGAGAUGGUGCAUAUGGUGAGAAUGGGUUUAGAAGUACCAAGGUCAUCGAUUUCGACAAGCGUCGCGUUUCGCCAUUUGAGGAGAAGAAGACAUCACCUUAUGACGAUAAGAAGGCCGAAACACUUGUGCCUUUCCGGAAACCACCGGUGGCUCCCAAUGAGUCAACUACUCUGACAAAGGUCAACUCCCUCCGAAAGCCUCAGUAUCCUCAAACGCAUGGCCUGGGGGCUGCUCUUACCAGUAUUGGUCGUAUAACCAGUGCCAUUGGUACACCGGCGACCUCGGUUAACACUACCUCCACGCCUUCUUCUGCCAACCGUGACAGUGCUGGAUCCGACUCUGACAGACCUCCGACGCUUGACUCUGCAGAUACAGCUUCAAGCAGGACAACAUGGGAAUCCCAAAGUGGCACCCGGAGAUCUGGCCAAGGCAAUGAGAAGUCGCCUGCGUCAUUCGCUGACCCUUCACGGAGAUCAUCUCUACAAUCCCGCAAAUCAUUUGGGCCGGAGUUCGUCUUUGAAGAAAAUGAGGUCUCUUUCCAACGAACACCUCAGCCAAUGGACGAUUCAGAUGACGAUGACUCAUCUGAUGAUGGCUUGUUCAUGGUUCCUCUUAAAAAUGAGAACACUGUCGAACCUGUACAGGAGACGAAGUCUUCACGAGAAAAUCUCAGAGUCGACACAAAUCAAAGAGGACCUCGAGUUACAUUUGAAUCCCCUGUCAACCCGGGAGAAAGUUCUGGCGGUGAAUUCUCUGACAAGCAGGAUCCUGGAACUUUCUAUCAUGACGGUUCCCCUGUUGAAGAAAAAACCAACAAAAGAUUCUCAAUCGUCAACGACGAUGUCUGGGCUAGUCGUCCUGCUGUGGAAGGCGUUAUUGAUAACCUGGACAGCUUCUUCCCUGGCGUUGAUCUUGAUGCUCCUUACUUGGAUGAGCCAGCUUCGCCAAACACCAAGGGUCAUCAUGAUGAUUCAACCCUCAAAGGAAGACCGGAGCAUCCACCCCUAUUCCUUCAUCAAGUAUUGACCCUACCACUCUCUAUGGCAGGAUCCAAGAUGGUUGCAAACAGGUUGAUGAAUCAAAGUGGAGCAGGUGCAGGCGGCGGCGGUGGUGGUCUUGGACGGACCAAAUCCAUUCGACAGGUGGCACGAGACUCUCAUCGCACCAAGAGUGUCAGUUCAUCCGGGCCCCAGAAAUCCGGCAUGCUGCGUCGCAAGAGUACCAAGAUGUUCGGUGCCAAGAUCAUGCAAAUCAGUCCUCAGCCUGGUAAUCGACUCAGCCGACUUGACCCUAUCCCUCAAAAUGUUAGCCACCCAGAACCCAGUGGAUCUGUUCCGCAACGCCAACCUACCUUCCGUAUCAUUCGCGGUCAGCUUAUCGGCAAGGGUACAUAUGGACGUGUUUAUCUCGGCAUGAACGCGGACAAUGGUGAAGUUUUGGCGGUAAAGCAGGUUGAUGUCAACCCUCGGAUUGCAGGAUCGGAUCGAGAUCGCAUCAAAGAAAUGGUCAAUGCUCUGGAUCAAGAAAUCGAUACCAUGCAGCAUCUUGAACACCCGAACAUCGUGCAAUACCUUGGUUGCGAGCGAGGUGAAAUGUCAAUUUCCAUCUACCUCGAGUAUAUUUCCGGUGGUUCGAUUGGUAGCUGUCUCCGGAAACAUGGAAAAUUCGAAGAGAGUGUCGUGAAAUCUUUGACUCGACAAACUCUGAGUGGAUUGGCCUAUCUGCACGAUAUGGGUAUUUUGCAUCGAGAUUUGAAGGCAGAUAACAUCCUCUUGGAUCUGGAUGGAACCUGCAAGAUCUCUGAUUUCGGUAUCUCGAAGAAAACAGAUGAUAUCUACGGUAACGACUCAAGCAACUCCAUGCAAGGUUCGGUCUUCUGGAUGGCCCCGGAGGUUAUCCAGUCACAAGGCCAGGGCUACAGUGCUAAGGUUGAUAUUUGGUCUCUUGGCUGUGUGGUACUGGAAAUGUUUGCUGGUCGUCGUCCCUGGAGUAAAGAGGAAGCCAUUGGCGCUAUCUUCAAGCUUGGGAGUCUGGGUCAGGCUCCACCAAUUCCAGAGGAUGUCAGUGCAAAUGCUACAGUUGCGGCACUAUCAUUCAUGUGGGACUGUUUCACUGUGGAUUCCGCUGAUCGUCCUACUGCCGGUACUCUGCUCACUCGCCACCCCUUCUGUGAAUCGGAUCCAAACUACAAUUUCUUGGAUACGGAGUUGUACAAGAAGAUUGGAUUGCCCGCGUCUGAGUCGUAG